CUGCAAGUUGAUAUCUCUCAAUGCUACGUGUCAGUGUCUUCCUAUGUUCCUUCGUGAUACAUGUCGGCUUGGCGAGCAGCGUAGUGCACCGACGCGACCUGAACCUCACGGCUCAAGAAUCUGGUCUCAAGUUCGAUAUACCUAACCUCAUCCGACCUCAAAGCACCACCGUAUCCCUCCCUUCUGUCCCUUCUGCAUGUGUACGGUACACCGGUAGCGGCAAGGAAUGCGCCGGGUCCAUGGAUGCGGUCAACGUCACUUUUGCUGACUGUGGCUCGCCGUAUACGAUCUGCCGCUGCAGCAGUGCGAAUAUCACACUGGACGACGCAAUCGAUGCGCUUGCUCGUGUUCCCGUGGGUUUACGAAGAUAUGUUGGGACGGUAAUGGUCAUGCCAGGUAGCAGCGCGCACGCGUAUACGUACACAAGUAGUGGAGAGAUCCACUUCUUUGGAGUGUGUAGCCAGCGAACAUGGAUACACGAGUCUACGCAUGCAGCCUCGGGAGCGCUGGGGAUCAAUGCUGCUAGUGGGAGUGGAUCGUGGGAGGAAGCGGUAUCCAAGGAUACAUGCGUCCCUGAUAAUUACGCGAAGACUAAUCUGGCCGAGGAUCUCGCACAGAUGAGCGUGGUCAAGGUGUACUCACUACUCAACAAGAAUUCACUUCCUUUGGGAUUCACGGUCGAUUGUAUGUCGAAUCAAUGGGCCUUUUUGGAUGGACUUCCUCUUUACAAUCCGGAUACGCUGCUUGGAGGUUCGUGCUCAUUUGAGCCAGAUAACGCUGAAGCACUCCAUAACAUUGCACCUCCUAUAACGUCCACUGUCUCAAGUUCAUCAUUAACCAAAGUAGUAUUGGCCUCUUCUUCGGGGUCUACCGUGUCAACAGCAUCUAGUCCAGCUUCCACUACUCUGUCGACGAACUCUUCAAUUCUUUCACGUUAUCGUGAUGCAACAGGGAUAUAUGCUACGCUUGCAUUGCCUUUGUUCGUGUUCCUGCUCCAAACAGGCUUAAUCGAAAGCUGUUUUCUUUUCCAUUCCACUAUUUAGUGUGCCUUCUAUUAUUUCCAUC